GGAGGGAGGCGUGGAAGCGGGCCCGCCCCUCACCCACACGGUGCGGGACAACGUGGAGCCCACAGGACCAGGCGUUUUGGCCAGCCCAGCUCCGGCGACUCCUGACUUUGCUGACCCUGGGCGGGUUUCCUCCUGAGAUGCCGAAGGUCAAGUCGGGGGCGAGCCUCCGUCGCCGACAGCGGCAGGAACAGAACCGGGCGCUCAAGAGCACCGGAGGACUCACUUUCAACACGGGGAUUGGGCAGCACAUUUUGAAAAAUCCUCUCGUUGUUAACAGUAUUAUUGAUAAGGCUGCCUUAAGACCAACUGAUGUGGUGUUGGAAGUUGGACCUGGAACUGGUAACAUGACUGUAAAGUUAUUAGAAAAGGCCAAAAAGGUAGUUGCCUGUGAACUUGACCCAAGACUCGUAGCCGAACUUCACAAAAGAGUUCAGGGCACGCCCCUAGCCAGCAAACUUCAGGUGAUGGUAGGUGAUGUGCUGAAAACGGAUUUGCCAUUUUUUGACGCUUGUGUGGCAAAUUUGCCUUAUCAGAUAUCAUCUCCUUUUGUCUUCAAGCUGUUGCUGCACCGACCUUUCUUCAGGUGUGCUGUUCUUAUGUUUCAAAGAGAAUUUGCUCUCAGAUUAGUUGCAAAGCCUGGGGAUAAGUUAUACUGCAGACUGUCAAUUAAUACACAGCUGUUAGCUCGUGUGGACCACCUAAUGAAAGUGGGAAAGAAUAACUUCAGACCACCACCUAAAGUAGAAUCCAGUGUUGUAAGGAUAGAACCUAAGAAUCCACCACCACCCAUCAAUUUUCAGGAAUGGGAUGGCCUAGUAAGGAUUACUUUUGUUAGGAAAAACAAGACAUUGUCUGCAGCAUUUAAAUCAAGUGCAGUACAACAGCUACUGGAAAAAAACUACAGAAUUCACUGUUCCAUCCAUAAUAUUAUAAUACCAGAAGAUUUCAGCAUAGCAGAUAAAAUACAGCAGAUCCUAACCAGCACAGGUUUUAGUGACAAACGGGCCCGUUCCAUGGACAUAGAUGACUUUAUCAGAUUGCUACAUGGAUUUAAUGCAGAAGGCAUCCAUUUUGCCUAGUUAUACUAUUUGGGAAACAGAAUUUUCAAAAUCAAGAAAAAAUAUUAUAUAUUUCUAACUAAAAAGAUGAACUAUGCUUUUACUCCACUGAGACAUUAUUUACUUGACUAUUUCUGAUUUAAUACUAUUCUUGUACUGUGUAUUACUCUGUAUUUUUAAAGGUGAUCAGUUCUGGAUACCCAGCUUGUUUUUAGUGUUGGCUUGUUUUGAACAGGACAAGGUCGAAUCUAUACAAAAGCUUAGUAGCCGCGGAUACGCACAAUCUUGCACUCUAACUUACCAUUUCUAACAGCUCAUUGUAUAAAGAUGCUUACUGCUCUCUUAACUGUCAUAGUUCAUGGGCUAUUUAGGUCUUCACCUUUGUCCCUUAAGUAAAGUUAAAAUAUGUUCAACUAGUCACUUGUUUACCGUACCAUUUCUUACUCACGUGUACAAUAAAACAGAUGUUUCUUAAAAUUUUA